GAGAGAGAGCUUGAGAGAGCGACCGAGAAAGAAGGGAGAGAGAAGGAAGAGAGAGAAAGAGAAAGUAAUAUCAAAUUAGCAGCGAUCGAGGGUGCAAUCCAAUUUUCCCGAGAAAAAGCGCCAGAAAUUAGCAAAACCCAGAAAGCGAAUGCAGUGAAGCAGAGGAUAGAGGCUUUGUAAGCUCGCAAGAACUCCAACUGUAGCUUGGUUUCUCUGCAGUUCUCAAGCUGGUGAACAAGAGGGGUAAUUAACUGUUCUUACAGUUGGUUCUGGAAAAAAAAGCUUGGUUUUUGGAGAAGUUUGGUGAACUUAGGGUUUUGAUUUAUCAGGAAGUUGAAUUUAAAUUUGGUGAUUUUAAGGGUUUUGGGAUCUUGCGAGCUCUGUACGGAGUCUGAUCUUUAGGGUUUGCAUUGUGUGGUAUGUGGGUUGAUGAAUUUGGGUUCGUUUUGAAGACGAGGAUAACAGUGAUACGGGUUGGAAUUGGGGUUUUGUGGUUUUGAACUGUUCGAUUAUUGUGUGUUUGAUUUGGGAGGUUUUGGGUUUAGGAGGAUGGGAUUGGGUUCUGCAUUGUGUGGUAUGUGGGUAGAGGAAUUUGGGGUCGUUUGGAAGCAGAGUUAAGUGUUUUCAGUUUGGAAUUCAGGUUUCCAGGUUUUGUUUGUGGAUUGUGUAUGAGAAAUGCAACCGCAGCAGAGCUCGCGGAUUGAUGUGGCAGAUUUGAAGGUUCAGAUAGUGAAGAAAAUUGGGGCUGACAGGGCAAGACGGUAUUUCUAUUACCUAAAUAGGUUGUUGAGCCAGAAACUGUGUAAGAGUGAGUUUGAUAAGUUGUGUUCUCGUGUACUUGGGAGAGAGAACGUGUUGCUGCACAAUCAGUUUAUUCGAUCUAUCUUAAAGAAUGCCUUUCAUGCUAAAACCCCACCGCCAUUUCAUGAUGCGGGGCCCACAAAUUCUGUUGUAGAAGAUGGGCAUGAACAAAGCAGGGCUGUCAUUGCAAAUCCAACUCCAAAUUCGCCAAUUUGGUCGAAUGGAGCUGUUCCAUCGUGGAAGAGUAGGCCUGUUAUCCGUGAUCGGAAGCCUCGGGACCGCCCUAGUCCUCUUGGACCAAAUGGGAAGGUAGAUUAUGGGCCUCAAUGGGCACCUGUAGAAGAUAGUGGUAGUAAAGUUCUUACUGAAAAUGGGGAGUUGACUCCUUGUGAUUACCAGAGGCCAGUGCAGCCACUUCAAGGAGUUGCUGAGCUACCUGAGAAUCAAAGGCAGGUUUCUGUUCAGCGACCCAAGGGGACUCCGAGACAUAGCCAAGAUCAUACAGGAUUAGCGGUUGUUGAAGAUGGGGAAGAGGUGGAGCAAGCCAGCCACUUGAAAUUCUCGAGAAGUCGUCUUAUUGCUCCUCUUGGGAUACCAUUUUGCUCAGCUAGUAUAGGUGGGGCCCGGAAAGCUUUGUCAGUGCCAAGCAAUGAUAAUAUGGUUAGCUAUUUUGACAGUGGUGGGUUGUUCGAUACAGAGAUCCUGAGGAAACGGAUGGAGCAGAUUGCUGGAGGACAGGGCCUUGGGGGUGUUUCAAUGGAAUGUGCUAAUAUGCUAAAUAAUAUGUUGGAUGUGUAUUUGAAACGGUUAAUCAAGUCGUGUGUUGAGUUGGUGGGAGCAAGGUCCAAAAAUGAACCAAAAAAGCAUCACCCUGUGAAGCAGCCAAUUCAAAAUAAGAUUGUCAACGGCAUGUGGCCUAGUAACCACUUACAUAUGCAAAGUAGCAGUGGGCCCAUCGAAGUUAUUCAGGAACAGAGACCCCUUUGCUCAAUAUCUUUGCUUGAUUUCAAGGUUGCAAUGGAGCUAAAUCCACAGCAACUUGGAGAAGACUGGCCAUUGCUUCUGGAGAAAAUUUGCAUGCAGACGUUCGAGGAAUAAAAAACCAUACAAACAGCUAUUUUGUAAGCUAUGGUCAAAUCAGUUAAUUAUGCACUGAAGGAUGUGAUAACCAUGUUUGGACUCUGUUGAUGCAGCCAUUUCACUUCUCAAGGCCAUGUUGAGCCAGAUGACUCCUAUUUGGAUAAUGCUUAGACCCUUGCAAGAUGAGAUGAGGGCUUGAGCAUGAAUGAUAUGUGAUCACAUGCUGCAUUCCUUGCACAUCCAUCAGAAAUUCUUUUAUAGCAGCCAAUCAAAGGGUACUUCAAACAGAAUGCUCAUUUUUGGUUGCUCUCUGUUGUAUGACUAGCAUUCAUGUUGGCUGUCUUCCGCAGUCACUGAAGAACUUGAGCUUUUUCGUGUAAUUUACAGCCACUGAAGGGGAAAUCUAAGAAAAUUUUGCAGGGACACUGUUGUGUAAGAGCUGCAGUUUGCUCUGUAUGUAUUUUCAAAUCUGAGAAUUUAUUGAAUCGCAAUAUUAAUAACACAUUAACAUCCAAUGAAUUGUCAUGAUGGUUUUAAUUUGAAUGCCCCAACUAAAUGACAACUGAAAUAUAUAUGCUGAAGUAAUAUUUCUUACUCAUGUUUACAUGGCAAUUUAGCAUAUAUUUAUGUGCAUCACUCGAAGAAUCUCAUGCCUCAUAAUUUUUCUGGAAUUUCUCAAUUUAGAAUAUGUUGUGAAUUGCUAUCUGUGACUAUUGAUUUUGCAAUUUUUUUUUUUUAUGUUUUAAAAUUUUCUUGUUUCAGAAACUGCUAGUCUUUGGUAUUUGGAUGCAGUAAAUCCAGUAAUUGUUAAUUUCUUUUCAAAAUUAAAAGGGGGAUUUGUUGUUCCAAAUAUCUAGGAGGCUAGAACUGAUUUUGAUGCAAGAGUUUGAAAUUGGAAAAACCAUAGACAUCCCGGUGGCAAAGCUCAACAAAUUGAACCCAAGGGGAUUUGGUAAUCAUAUUGUCUCGAACAAUUGAUGUGCUUGUUUACAUCACCUUUUGUACAUCAAUUACGGGAUCCUACGUUCAUCAAAGCCAUUUAUAUAGAUCUAAACAUAGGUAGAAGCCUAGUCCUAAACUUUCUGUGAAAUACUAUAACUUUAUUUUAUAGUACUACGAAAUUAACUUCAUAGAUUGCAUGAAGAGAAUAACCAGCAUUCUUUCUUUUCUCACAACUCAGGUUCGAAAUUGUGUCAAUGGGUGUAGAUUUGAACAUGGAUCUACUAUUUUAAAUAAGCCCCAUAAAAAUUCAUGGGGCCACCUCUAGUUGUAGAUAUCUCUCUCUCUCUCUCUCUCUCACACACACACACACACACACACACAAGGAACCUUUGUUACUAAUCAAUACUCUCUGAGAAAAGUAAAAGAUUUAUGUCUUGAUUUUAUUUACUUGUUAUUUGAAUGUGUUCUUUGCCUUUUUCUAUUAUUCCUGGUUAGUGUAAAAAUCUCCAUGGAUGGAUAUCAGUAGAUAGCUUUCUUCAAGGAACUAUUUUGUAUGAUUCAGUGCUCAUGUGUAUGUGCUUAUUGAAUAACAGGCUUUUUUGGAGUAGAAGCUGUAAAAUGAUUUGUUGGAAGCUUUAUGGAGAAACCAAGCUUACUUCUUCAUUUCAUUUAAUCAUUGUUUUGGCUGUUGAAGAUGUUUCCAUUGCAUUUUCAUCCUUUUAUGCGAAGGAUCUAUGUUAAAUUCUAUGAUCAAUUAUUUAUUUGUUCUUUUACUUGUAAGUAAUAACAACGGGAUCAUGUGCUGAUGCUUGAUGCUAGUUCCUUACAGAAUGCUUCUCAUUUCAGCAAUUGCUAGGCAACAAUUAUUGUUUCCUUUCCAAUAGUCUAAAGUGGGAUUCAUCUUUUUAAAUAGUAAGGAACCUAUGGCUUAUUUAAAAACCAGAUUUUUAUGUUUGGGCAAUAUCAGACAUCCAGCUGGCAUAACUUGGCAUGUAGAAGCCAUGAAUGAAUUUUGGAUUCAACAAUUAUUCAUCAUCACAGAUAAUUUGGAAUUGAGGAACUGAUUAGGAAAUUAUUACAAUAAGUGGAGAAAAACCAGGAAUAAAUUUGAAUGGGUGAAAACAAUUAAUAUUUAUUGAAAACUGCAUAUGAUGCCUUUUGUGCGAUUAUAUGAAAUCUUCUGAGACUAGUGUAUUCGUUGAAGAUAACCAAAUCUUUUUAUGAAAAAAAGAAAACAUGAAUGCUGAUAUACAGUGCAGUAUAUUAUCAAGUAAGACUCUUAAUAAAAUAAGGCGAACAUUACUGACAUUUUUAUGAAUUCAGAGAACUUUGUCUCGUUAAUCCUUAAUAUACUGUGAUCGAAAAGUGUAUCAUAUAUCCCUCACUCUUAUGUUACCGGCUCCAUUUCCUUUUCAGCCUCACUUUCUCUUUCUUUUGUUUUAUUUUUUAAUUUUUUUGUGUAAGAAUUCAUUACAAAAUGUCAUUGAAUCUCCCCCUCUGAGUGUGCAUAUGUUUUAUAGUAUUUUUCAAUAUACCUCUUGGGAGUUCGAGAUGGCAUAACAUUCUAGUUCAAAUCUGGAUAGCAUGUUCAAUUCAUUUGUUCAUUAAUUGUUGUUUGGGCUGUCUGAAUCCCUCCAUUGCAUUAAUAUCCUUUUCUUUCUGUGCCUCUGUUGUUUUCAUGAUGUUUUGUGCUCACACUUGAUGCCUAUUGCUUGCUGAAUGGAUAAAUUUAAAAGUACAAGUUCCAGCAGGUAACCAUGAUAUGUAGAGCCAUCCAUUUAGCACCUUUGUUUCUGAGAAUGUGAAACAGAAAGAAGAGGACUAGAGUGGUCGGUAUUUGAAAUAAAUUGACCUUUCAAACGGUGCCAUAGGUGUAUCUUCAUUGUCAACCUUGAACUCUCUAUUUGGUAAGAGACCUUAAUCUUUUACAGUUGAUGACAAAAUGAAUCCAGUUUUUAUGAAAUUUGUCUUUGUUUGUCCUUAGAGCAUUCUAUUUGCAAGUGGCACUUGUGGGUGACAACAGGUAGAAAUUGUCUUUGUGCUUGUUUGCUGAUGUGGAUGUUUUGGCUGUCUGUGUGAAAAGGUACAGGCUGGCAUUGGAUUUCUGAUCUGCAGCCCAAAGAUCAACCUAGCCUUCUUGGGGAUCAAAUAGGAAGGCAGAUUAUGCUGUAAUCAAGCAUCUAUCAAUAGCCACAAAAAAUAGUGAUGAUUUGUAAUUGUGGAAAAAGGCUGAUCUGACUACCCAAUUUCCAAGGUCAUUGGAGCAUCCUAGAGGAUUCACCGAGCAACCUAGGGAUGAUAGUGAAUUUGCUCUAUGGAAAGCCGAAAUAAAGCGAUCAAUGGAUGUACUAGUUUCUUUACAUCAAAAAUAUCAGAUCGAGCUGGCAAUUGUUGAAGAUGGAAGAGGUUGAGCGGUUCAGCCACUGGAAUUUCACCAGAAGUCCUCCCUUGGGUGUUUCAUUUUGCUCAAGCCAAUGCAGUUGCCGAACUUCUCUUGUAACAAGCAGUGAACAUUUGUAUAAAUUGCUGGAUUAUCUAACAUGCAGACAUGCAAGAAACAUAUGAAGUAGACUGCAGCAGUUCACAUCCUCACUGCCCUAGAACUCAAUGAUAUUGGAUGUGCACUUGGAUUGACUGAUCAAAUUUUGCAGGGUCAGUGGGAUCAAGAUGUUCAGAAAAUCUGUCACAAGCUUAUGGAUGGCACGUGGCAUCUAAACCCUCCUAUAUGCAAAGUGGUAGUGGGAUCAACAAGUUAUGCAGGGGUGACGAAUGGAUUGCUAACUAUAUUUGCUUGAGCUUAGAGUUGGAAGUGCAACUUAUGCUGCUGGAACUUGGGGGCAGGCUGACCAGUGCUGGUACGGAAGAAAAUUUACAUCAAUGCAUUCAUGGAAUGAAACAUCCACAUGGAUUUUGGUUUUCUCCAAGCUAUAAUUGACUCAGUCUGUUCUGGUUUUGAAGGCUUGGAAAUUGUUGGUGGGCAUCAUUCUACAGCCAGUUUCCUACUUGUGGCAAUGGUGUUCCAGAUGACUCUGAUUAGGAUAAAACUCUGACCCUGCAAAGAUAAAAUGUGUGUUUGACCAUGAAAAAGCUGCAUUCUGCUGUUACAGAAACUGUACCCCAGCAAGUGAUUGAUGGCGCUCAUACAUGCCUCUGAAUCAACCUUCUCAUAAUUCUAAUGUUAAGUGUUGGCCCUCUUCUGCCAGCACAACAAAUCUUGAGCUUUUUGUACAGUUUAUGAUGAGGGGUAAAUUUGAUGUGUAAGAACCACAAUGUUAUUCCAUUUUCUAAGUCUGAAACAUUAUCGAGUCCUUGUAUACUUAAUAGGCUAUAACAUCCAUUGAAUUAUCUUGA